AUGAGUGGCACUGGAUCAGAAAGCAACGAAAACAUCCCGGAUCCGCAGCCCAGCAUGCCGGAUGACAGGAGCUCACCGAUGUCCAUCCUGGUGGAGCCCAGAAUGUGGAAUGAAGAGGACAGGCAGAAGACUUUCCAAGAAUGGCCCAGAGACGCCCCGGUUACUGGCGUCAGUUUAGCCAAAGCGGGAUUUUACUAUGUGGGGCCCGGAGAUAAAGUGCAAUGUUUCUGUUGUGGAGGGAUAUUGAGGGACUGGGUUCAUGGCGACUGUCCCUCCAACGAGCACCGCAGGCACUUUCCAACAUGUGGCUUCGUGCGGGGCACAAGCGUGGGUAACGUCCCACGGCCCCUCACACCAAAGGCCACUGAUUCAGUUGAUGGGCAGCUUUUGAGUCAACUUCAGAGAGCAGCAGUGGACGACGAGGCUUUGGCUGGACAGGCUGUUUACCCGGAGAUGGAGAGGGAGGAGACGCGGCUGAGCAGUUUCUACAAUUGGCCGACUGAUGCCGCCGUUCGGCCCGAGGUCCUGGCACAGGCGGGCUUCUGCUACACUGGUCAAGGUGACAACGUGAAAUGCUUCUACUGUGAUGGGGGCCUGCGGAACUGGGAGCCUGGAGAUGAUCCAUGGCUGGAGCAUGCCAAGUGGUUCCCACGGUGUGAGUUUUUACUUAAGACAAAAGGCUAUGAAUACGUCGCUAGAGUCCAGGAGUCUCAGCGCAGUGCUGGUGAAAAAGCGUCAGGGGGGCAGUCUGCGCAGGAGCAGCUGAUGCAGCUGCAGCAGGAACGCACCUGUAAGGUGUGCAUGGACAAGCCCGUGUCCCUGGUCUUCAUCCCCUGCGGUCACCUGGUGGUCUGCGCAGACUGCGCUCCCAGCCUGUCCCACUGCCCCAUCUGCCGCGCAGCCAUCCGCGGCAGCGUCCGUGCAUUCAUGUCCUGA